AUGCAGGCUUAACAUUCAUGCGGUCACCCUCAACGUAUUCGUAUCGCAGUGGCCAUAGCACUCAACUGGGAAGACGAAAUGGCCAAUGAGAAUGCAACGGGAACGACUGUGCGUGAGAAAAGAGAAAAGAACAAAAGAAGCGACGAAGAACGAAAAAUUGCCGGCGGUGGCGUGCGAAGGCGUGCCAUUGAGGUGCUUCUUAACUUGUACGUAAGACGGAAACAGCGAAACUGGGGGUAGCGAUGAGUGAUCUGCCUCCAUCGUGACUCGUAAAAGGUAAUAGAAACAGAGUAAACGAACCCAAAAAGAAAAGGAAAAAG